UCAAAUACUUUUUUGCUUCAAAUCAAAGGUUGUAAUUUUGUGAUUCACCUCAGAGCUGGUUGGUUUGGUUUAUGGCUUAGAACUCUUUAAUGAUGGAUUUUAUGAAAAGCCUAUGGAAACAAUUUAUGGGAAAAAUACUUCCAGAACCCAGACGGCUGAAAAGAUGGGCGGGCGCUGUUACUCUCUAUGGUGUGUGUAACAGCUCACAAACAGAAGGGAAGGAGAACACAAGGAAGCAGGUUUUUCCAGGCUCAGAGUUCUCUCAGGGUAUGAUUUUACAAACAGCAAAUGGACUCAGAAAACAGAAUCAGGAGACACAAGCCAAAGGCAAACUGGACUCAACCCAGGUAGGUCCUCAUAAAUAUUUCUGGGAACAGAUAUAUGCUGGUCAUCCAUUUACCUUUUACCAUUUUGUGCCUAAAAUGGCCAUCUCACACAUACUGUGAAUAAUCAAAUGUUGGCCCUAAAAGCUACUUUCUGUCUGAUUAAGUAGCCACAGCGGUUCAUUCAUGAGUAUCUCAGUGUUGUAAAUAUACUGCUUGAAGUAUUAUCAUAUAGAUGUCUUUCUUACCCUAUAAAUGCUUUUUACCCUGCUUGUUUUUGGCAUCAAUUGAACAGCCUUAAGCAGAUACUUCAAACUCACUUAUAUUGUGCCCAGGGUGAACAAUGUUAAGUAUAUGUUAACUUAAGUAUAUUUGUGCAUUUUUGUAUUUUGGCUCUGUAUCAAAAUUGAGUAUAUGUUUUGGUUCCUCCCACAAACUGGGUCAUCCACUACAGCUAACGCUCCCAAUACUGCAGUUAAAAUUUCAACAGUGACAUUCAGUCUGAAAGAGACCUUCCUUACCUUACCAGAGGAGUUGGAGUUGUACAUGGUUUUCCUGAACCAAGAGGUGAUACAGGCAUUUACACGCAUUGCUGCAUUUGUGGAUGGGUGCUCGUGCGGCAAGUUUCAAUUAAUGGAAGGAAAUGUGCAUGGACAAUUUGCAGAACUGAUUCCCGACAAGAAGAUUGUCAUGAAAUGGAGGUUUUCAAGCUGGCCAGCUGGUUACGCAUCAACUGUCACUUUAAACUUUGUGGAUCGAGGCAAUGAGACAGAGCUGAUUAUGGAGGCCAAAGGAGUUCCCAGCAGUGAGGAGAAAAGAAUGAAAGAGGGAUGGCAGAGAUACUACUUUGAGGCCAUUAAACAAACAUUUGGUUAUGGAGCGCGACUCUGCUGAGCCAAAGUAUGCUUAUGUUGUGCCUCUUGACAGUAAUAAAAAGAGAUACAUAAUUACAUCUGUGAACAUGAAACACUUUGCCCUGCACUAGUUAGUUGUUUAAUGCUCUUAAACACCUGUGCCUUCUGAAAGAAAAAGUAAAAAGUUCCUGAGCCUUAUUCCAAAAUCCUAUCUGUUUAGUAACCAUGACGACUUCCUCAUGAGAUCAGUCAAAGGUGUGCUUGUUUGGUCUUUACACAGUUUUUACGAAGGAACAAACAGAAGUUUUAUUUCCAUGCAACGUGCAAAGAGUCUUUUAUUGCGGGAGAGCAGUGUUCACUUACAUCCAAGUUGCCCAUGUCAUUUUCAUCAGACAGAUUUGGUAUUUCCACAGUCCCUUUAUAUUUUAUUCCAAUUUUAUUUGUUCCUACAGAAAAACUCACCAUUACAUUCAACCGUAUAAGUAAAAACAUGUUUGACCCACCAGUCCGUGAGGCUUUUACAUUCCACUCACAGAAGAAGAUGAGUUUUCCCUUGCGGUUGUUUAUAGAGGCCUCUCUGUCUAUAUUGCUGAUGUCUGUGACCUCGCAUGAGCCUUCUUCACCUUCUACACGAAUCCCAAGAAGGAGGCUAUUAAUUGCAUCUUGAGACCAGCUUGUCACAUCUCUCUCUGUCCUGUAAUAAAAUUGUAAGAAGAAAAUUAAAUA